GCCCCCGGCCCACGACGGCCAUUCUGCAGCGCGCCCGCGCCUCUCCACAUUGAACGCGCCGUGGCUCGUUCGUUCUUCUGGUAUAAAGGCGUUGCCUAGUUUGCCAUUGCAAUUGCAACGAACCUACCCAAAUUCCCCAAAUCCCGAAUCCUUCUGCUCCCGAACUGCCUCGGCCUGGCUGGGGCAGCGUGGGCGCGGCGCGACGUCCUGCCGGCACCAGCCAACUGACGGGCGGCGGCGACGAUGAUGGCCGAGGCAGCGAGAGCGCAGCCGCGGCAGCAGGGCGGUUGGCUGGAUCUACCUGAAGACAUCAUGCACGACAUCCUCCUCCGCCUGCCCCCGAAGUUCGUCGUCCGCUGCCGCGCCGUCUGCAGUUCCUGGCUCCGCCUCGCCUCCGACCGCAGCUUCCUUCUCGCCCACCACCGCCGCCAGCCCUCCCUGCCCCUCGUCUACUUCAUCCUCAACGACGUCGGCGACCCGGAGGUCAGCGAGUACCGGCUCGCGGUCUUCGACCUCCGCGCCGUCGAGUUGCAGACUGUCGUCAGAUUCUCGGGCCACGGCAAUGGGUGGAUGGCCCGUGACCGUGAGAGGAGGCUCGCUCUCCAUGGCUCCUGCGACGGGGUCCUCCUCCUAUCCUCCGACUACCACCUAUUCCUCUGCAACCCGACCACGCGCCACUGGGGUCGCCUCCCACCCCUUCACCGCGACCACACCAUCGCAGGACUCUACUCGCACAGGAUCUCGGACGACUACCGGGUGCUCUACUUCCGGCGCCAUGGAGAUGGAAACUACUACUACUACGUCAUGGCGGCCGGGACCAGGAAGCAGAGGCUGGUCAGUCGUCAGGUAUCCCCAAUACACUCCUCAUGGCACACCUGGUUUGCGCGGCACACACCGCCCGUCCUCCUCCAUGGCAACCUUCACUGGCCCCCUGUCUCGUCAAGACCCGAGUCCAUAGCCGUCUUCGACACGGUCGCCGAAGUGUUCCGGUUGAUGCCUUCUCCCGCCGUCAACGUGAACAACCAGCUCGUCUCGAAUGUGAAGCUGCUUGACAUGGAGGGUGCUCUUGCCAUGUCAAGUAGCUGGAGCGAGACUUAUGGGGAUGACGGGCCCUCGAGGGUUGAUCUGUGGUUUCUGGAGGACUACAAAUCCAAUGUUUGGGUCUGCAAGUACCGCAUUGAGUUGCCGGUGGAAGAUAUCAGCCGUUUCCUUGGAUUGCUCGAUUUGUGGACUGCUGUUGUUGUGUCCCAUGAGGGAGAUGUGCUGGUUGAUCUCAUGAAUCGCCUGCUGGGCUAUGACAGGGAGGGCAAUUCAGUUGCAAAUUUGCCGUGUGAUUGCAGCUUGCUGGAGAUUGGUCCACAUAUGCUUAAGCGGAGCCUUGUUCCUCAUGCAUCGCUUCCGAUGAAGAACCAUAGUCCCAACAAACCACAUUUCGUCUGAUGACUAUUGGAUUGGGAUAUGAUUUCUGUGAGGGUUUUGGUUGUGUGGUCAUGAUAUUGGAUCGUUUCUCUUGAUUUGGAAAAAGAGAGAGAGAGACAUUUUCAUCUCACAUUAAUAUCUCGUCUUGUGCAAAGCUGAUAUGAACCUUAUGUUUCAGAGUUCAGAGUUUCAGACUGUUGGCUGCUCUUGGCAGCAUGAAAGAUAUGAUCAGGGCUUCACUUUUCUUUUUAGUUGCAUGCAUUUUCUGAUUUGACAUUUUAUUAGUAAACACACUUUGUGCUGGAAAUGUUCAGGUUUUACUGUAUAAUUGGGAUAAGGCAAUCUGCCUGCACCACAAUUGGUGUAGUCCUAGGCGAGUAGCUCUGAUACUUCGGUGUAUUAGUGAAAACUGAACCAAUUCUAUGCAUUACUUACACUUCGGUGCAUCAGUCAAAA